GCGGGUGGCGGGUCGAUGCGCAUGGAGGGCGGAGCAGCAGGGGGAGGAGGCCACGGCGGCGGCCAUGGCCUCGGCGGCGAGGCGCAGAUCAAGGGCACGCUGACCCAGGGUGGCAGGUACGUGCAGUACAACGUCUACGGCAAUCUCUUCGAGGUCUCCGCCAAGUACGUGCCGCCCAUCCGCCCCGUCGGCCGCGGCGCCUGCGGCAUCAUCUGUGCUGCUGUCAAUGCGCAGACCCGCGAGGAGGUCGCUAUCAAGAAGAUCGGUAAUGCGUUCGACAACCAGAUCGACGCCAAACGCACUUUGAGAGAAGUAAAGCUGCUUCGGCACAUGAAUCAUGAGAAUGUGAUUUCGAUAAAGGACAUCAUACGUCCACCAAGGCGGGAGAACUUCAAUGAUGUUUACAUUGUUUACGAGCUCAUGGACACUGAUCUUCACCACCUUCUAAGAUCGAACCAGCCACUCACAGAUGAUCACUGUCAGUAUUUUCUCUACCAAGUGCUCCGAGGACUGAAGUACGUGCAUUCAGCAAAUGUCUUGCACCGAGACCUCAGGCCGAGCAACCUGCUGCUCAAUGCAAAAUGUGACCUCAAGAUCGGGGACUUUGGACUGGCAAGGACCACCACUGAGACUGACUUCAUGAUGGAGUAUGUUGUUACUCGGUGGUACAGGGCGCCGGAGCUCCUGCUCAAUUGCUCAGAGUACACCGCAGCAAUUGAUAUCUGGUCAGUGGGCUGCAUCCUCGGUGAAAUUGCUACAAGAGAGCCAUUGUUUCCUGGGAAGGAUUAUGUUCAUCAGCUGAGGCUAAUUACUGAGCUGAUAGGCUCACCAGACGACACAAGCCUUGGGUUUCUUCGGAGCGAUAAUGCCCGCAGAUAUGUGAGGUCUCUUCCUCAAUACCCCAAGCAACAAUUCGGUUCACGGUUCCCCAAUAUGUCCAGUGGUGCCAUGGAUUUGCUUGAGAGGAUGCUUGUGUUUGAUCCCAGCAAGAGGAUUACUGUUGAUGAGGCUCUCUGUCAUCCGUACUUAGCAUCGCUUCAUGAGAUAAAUGAUGAACCUGUCUGCCCAGCACCUUUCAGCUUCGACUUCGAGCAGCCAUCGUUUACCGAGGAAGAUAUCAAAGAACUCAUUUGGAGGGAGGCUCUCAAAUUCAACCCUGAACCGAUUCACUAAGCAGUUCCCAAUGUAGAGAAGGAAGCAAAUCCAACUGGCAAAACUAGCAGUUCUGUGGGGAAAUACAUGAGCCAACAGCACGAUGCUUCAGAGUGAUCACUGAUCACAUCUCAGAAUCUCAUCUUGCGGCUUGUCGAUGGCACCAUGACAUCAAAAAAUCUGGACUCUUAUGAAAGACGAACGCUUGAUCAAUAAUUUGUUAGCCAAGAAAAAGUGGGGACUUUAUUUGUAUCUUGUUAGGUUGUACCUAUCCCCUUUUGCUGUAUGCUUAACAAGACCUGAGCUAUGGACUAUGGUACUACAGUGUCUGGACACUCUUCAGUCAUCAGUUCUGUUCACCAUCAAACGGCUGCUACUUAUUAUUAUUAUGCUGUAAAGUGUAAAUGAACAUAUAAUUGUUUGAUAA